AAUGGUGGGAGUUAGUUCACCUGAGCAGCAGAAUGAAUAACAAAGUUUUUCAGUUUGGUUUUUGGAUUGUUCGUGUAUUCAACGUAACUUUGUGAAGUUAAAUCUCCCUUUUUUGUUCUCUGUUUUGUGUUUUUGGUGUUCAUUUAUUAAUUUCGAAAAAGUACGAUACUGUGUGCCAUUCGAUAUCGAAUUUUUAUGGAUUUUUAGUGAACUUUUCAGUAAACUUUUGGAUUGUUUGCUUAAAUAGACGAACUUACAUUGGAUGUUUUUAUAAAUUUGUUUAACAUGUGUGCUUCCUGAGAUGUGAUUUCCUUUUUGUUCUUAUGGUGGACGCAAGAUACAGACCCAGCAGGAUGCAUCUCAACGGUGAUUCGAUGGAAAGUCCAGACGAGAGUCAUGAGAUGCUCGAAGCUGAAAAUAGAGGAGUCGCUGGAAGAGUGGCUGAUCUUGAAAGGAAAGUUCUGGAACAGGGAGAUGAAAUUCUUUGUCUUAAGGGUACCCUGGCAGAUGCCUUAAGACGCCUCAACGCUUUAGAAGGGCUGAGAAGCAGCUCCUCGAACUCCAGUACUCCCACGACUCCUCUGAAUAUCAACGGAAAUGCCUCGAUGAAAGACAUCAAACAGAGGACUGGAAGUUUUUCUACUCUCAGAAUAGAAAACGCAAAUAGAAGUAGAUAUACAGGGUCUUCCCUUCCUCAACGACGUGCCGUCCACUAUCAGUCUACCGGAAGUCUACACUCCGACAGUCAUAGUUCAAGUAGCGUAAGUCCCAUUCCUUCCCCUUCACCCAGGGCAACCCCAUUGCCUCUGCAAGUUGCGAGAAGAACGCCAAGUACGCCAACAGCUACCAGUCCAAGUAUAAUCUCAAACAACGGUAGCCUUCAUAAACGAUGGAGUUCCACCGGAGACUUCAAUCAAACUGGAGUUACCGGAAGUCCAACCGGUAUGCAAAGCAAGUUUUCCACCAAAUCCUUUAUGAAUCUGUUUAAGUCAAAUAAUAACCUUGCAGCACCUAACUAUAAGCACGGAACAAAAGACGCUCAGUACAAUGAAGAGGAGAAAACCGUAAAACUCUACCUUAAAGGCAGACCGAUAAUAUUGUACGCCCCUACAGAAAUUACUGAUAACUAUGAAAUAACUAAGGUAUCGACAGCUCCGACCCAAAGGCUCAAACUGGACUGGGUAUACGGCUACAGAGGUAGAGAUUGCAGAUCUAACCUUUAUUCCCUACCCACCGGCGAAAUGGUUUAUUUCGUAGCCGCGGUAGUAGUCCUAUACAACGCCGAAGAGCAACAUCAAAGACAUUAUUUAGAGCACACCGAUGAUAUUAAAAGUUUAGCGAUACACCCAAACAAAAUGUUGGUAGCCACUGGUCAAGCUGCCGGGGUCGAUAAAUUAAAUAGUAGGGCGCACAUUAGGGUAUGGAACUCUGUUACCCUGCAUACACAGAGUGUUAUCGGUAUUAACGACUUCAGUAUCGCCGUUUGUUGCUUGUCUUUCUCGAAAGCAGAUGGCGGGAUUUUACUAGUUGCCAUUGACGAUUCCACCGAUCAUACCAUAUCGGUGUGGGAUUGGCAAAAAGGUGAAAAUGGAUACAAAAUUACAGAAACAAAGAGUUCGGUGGAUACAAUUGUAGCUGUGGAGUUCCACCCUAUAGACCGGAAUACGAUAGUAACGUGCGGAAAGUCGCAUAUAGCGUUUUGGUCAUUGGACGUGAAUGGAACAUUGUACAAAAGAAUGGGAAUAUUUGAAACAAGAGAUAAACCGAAAUACGUUACCUGCGUAGCGUUCUUACAAACUGGAGAAACAGUGACAGGUGAUUCCAAUGGCAAUCUAGCUGUCUGGGGUCGAGGUACUAACACCAUUUGGAAGUUAGUUAAAAACGUCCACGAGGGAAGCGUAUUUUCGAUAUGUGUAUUGAAAGAUGGCAGUGUGGUAACGGGCGGUGGAAAAGAUGGAAGAAUAGUCCAACUGGAUAACAAUUUACGUACAGUUGGAUUUAGUGAGAUUGAACCUCAUUAUGGUGGCGUAAGAGUCAUUUCAGAAGGAAGAGGCUCACAACUUUUAGUCGGUACAACAAAAAAUUGUAUCUUAACUGGAACAUCCGACUUAGGAUUCCAACCAAUAAUAUUAGGUCACACUGAUGAUUUGUGGGGUCUGGCAGCACACCCAAGCAUACCUCAAUUCGCCACCGCUGGGUAUGAUAGAGUCCUACAGUUAUGGGAAUCAAUGUCGCACAGUAUUUUAUGGAGCAAAGAUAUCGGGGAACAAGCUCAAAGUGUAGCUUUCUCACAUGAUGGAUCGGUAAUACUAGUCGGUUGUGUCAAUGGUAAAUGGAUGAUAUUCGAAACACAAACCAGAGAACUGUUAGGUCAACACACAGACGGAAAUGAACCUAUCCAAGUAAUACAGUUCUCUCCAGAUGGCAGUAUGGUAGCACUAGGUUCUAGGGAUAACCAGAUAUACAUCUAUCAAGUAUCGGAUGACGGAAUGAAAUAUAGUAGAGUUGGGCGUUGUUCAGGACAUUCCAGUUUUAUAACUCAUCUGGAUUGGGCUUUGGAUAAUCAAACACUCAGAAGUAAUUCGGGAGAUUAUGAAUUAUUAUAUUGGAAUGCUGGUACCUGUCGGCAAAUACCCCAAACCAGUCUGAUGCGUGACGUGGAUUGGGCAUCAAACACGUGUACGCUUACCUUUAAUACGAUAGGUAUUUGGCCGGAAAACGCAGAUGGCUCUGACAUUAACUACUGCGACAGAAGCAUCGAUUCAAGACUAAUGGUAACAGCUGACGAUUUUGGCAAAGUGAAAUUAUACAGCUACCCCGUCAUACAACCAAAAUCGCUGUGUCAUAGUUAUGGAGGUCACAGCAGUCACGUGACGGCAGUCAAUUUCUUGCACGACGACUCUAGGGUUGUUUCCAUUGGUGGAAAGGAUACCGCCGUUCUGCAGUGGACCGUAUCGUAAAAUUUUCGUUGAUACGUAAGUUUUCGAGUAAAAUCAAAAAAGGUUUUACAAUUUUAAGCCGCGAACAACCGACUAAACGAGGCCUUAUUACUUAAAAGAUUAUUUACAAUUUCGAGAGUGCCCUAUAACAGUUGUAUAAAAGUUAGAAGUUUAAAAAAUAUUUGUAACUUGAAAUAUAUACAUAAAUAUUUCGUUCAUUCUUUCCAUUCCGUUUAUGUAAUAAGUCUUAUUAAAAGAAAUAAUAAAUCAUGGU